AUGGUGCUUGGUGCAAAGGUCGUCCGGUUUGGUGUUUUAUCGGUAGAAGGACUCAUAGUUGGUGUCAUCUUGAGAUAUGGGACUCCCUCUACCAGUGGCCAUGACAAGCCAUUCAGCUGCUCGCAGGACAGGCCGUUUACAACCCUGCUGGUCAACGUCAGUGGGAAGUUCUUUGAGUAUACGCUCAAAGGGGAAAUAAGCCCUGGGAAGAUCCACAAUGUGGAGCAAAACGACAUGUUGCGAAAGGUAACGUUUGACCCAGAAGUUUUUUUCAACAUUCUGUUGCCUCCUAUUAUUUUUCAUGCUGGUUAUAGCCUGAAGAAAAGACACUUUUUCAGGAAUUUGGGGUCCAUUUUGGCUUACGCGUUUUUAGGAACAGCAGUCUCUUGUUUUAUUAUUGGGAAUCUCAUGUAUGGGGUUGUGAAACUAAUGAAGUUGGUGGGUCAGCUCUCUGAUAAAUUCUAUUAUACAGACUGCCUCCUCUUUGGAGCGAUAAUAUCUGCCACUGAUCCAGUUACCGUGCUAGCAAUAUUUAAUGAGCUGCAUGCUGAUGUCGAUCUCUAUGCCCUUCUGUUUGGGGAGAGCGUGUUGAAUGACGCUGUUGCCAUUGUAUUAUCUUCAUCUAUAGUUGCCUACCAGCCAACAGGUGAAAAUACCCAUGCUUUUGAUGCAGCAGCGUUUUUCAAGUGUGUUGGUGUUUUCCUGGGAAUAUUCAGUGGUUCUUUCAUGAUGGGAGCAGUGACAGGGGUACGACUUAACGUGACGAAGUUUACAAAGUUGCACUGCUUCCCCCUGCUGGAAACAGCUCUCUUCUUCUUGAUGUCCUGGAGCACUUUCUUGCUUGCAGAAGCUUGUGGAUUUACUGGUGUGGUGGCUGUCCUCUUCUGUGGAAUUACCCAGGCGCAUUAUACAUACAAUAAUUUGUCAGUUGAAUCAAGAAGUCGCACUAAGCAGCUCUUUGAGGUAUUGCACUUCCUGGCAGAGAACUUCAUAUUUUCUUAUAUGGGUUUGGCACUGUUUACUUUCCAGAAACACAUAUUCAGCCCAGUUUUCAUCAUUGGAGCUUUUAUUGCAAUCUUUUUGGGCAGAGCUGCACACAUCUACCCUCUCUCCUUCUUGUUGAAUCUGGGCAGAAGGCAUAAGAUCAGCUGGAACUUUCAGCACAUGAUGAUGUUUUCAGGUCUCAGGGGAGCCAUGGCGUUUGCUCUGGCUAUACGAGAUACUGCUACCUACUCACAUCAAAUGAUGUUCUCAACAACUCUCCUCAUCGUCUUUUUCACUGUGUGGAUUGUUGGUGGAGGUACAACUCCCAUGCUGUCAUGGCUGAACAUCAGAGUUGAUGACCAUGUUCCAUCGGUGGAAGAGAUGAGUGAAAGCCGCUGGCUGUAUUUCAGGGUUGGGGUUGACCCAGAUCAGGAUCCUCCACCUACUAAUGACAGCUUUCAAGUCUUACAAGGAGAUGGCCCAGAUUCUGAAAGAAGGAACAGGACAAAGCAGGAAAGCGCUUGGCUCUUCAGACUAUGGUAUAGCUUUGACCAUAAUUAUUUAAAGCCGAUUCUCACUCACAGUGGCCCUCCGUUAACCACAACUCUACCCAGCUGGUGUGGCCUGAUAGCCCGCUGUCUGACAAGUCCCCAGGUUUAUGAUAAUCAAGAACAGCUUAGAGAAGAGGAUUCUGAUUUUAUUCUGAAUGAUGGUGACCUUACUGUGACGUAUGGUGAUACAACAAUAACUGCAAAUGGUUCUUCUGGCCCCCAUACAGCUACUACUAGCCUUGAUGGCAGGAGAACAAAAAGUAGUUCAGAGGAAGCACUAGAACGUGAUUUGGGAGCAGCAGAUCAUGAAGUUACAAGCAGGGGUACCCGGCUAGUAUUUCCUCUGGAAGACAAUGCAUGA